UUAAGUUUUCUGAAUUUCUUUUGAACGAUGCCCAAAUGCAGGAGCCGUUUGGUCGCGCGCGCGUCUAUCUCACUGUGCUGCUACUAUCGGAAGUUUUUUUGGGCUUGGCUAUUAUUAUCGUCACGGGUAUAUAUCAACGCAUACUGGGCGCCUACAUGGCAGGCGUUGAAAGAAAAAUGCUAGGCGGCCAAUUUUUCAACACCUACAUUCUUGGGUUCCAGCUCAUGGUGGUGUAUGCUUGUAGCAUUGCCAUGUGGUCCUCUCUAUGGUCUCGCCGCUGCUCACCCAACGUCAACUUGCUUCUUAAUCUUUGGAUGUUCUUUGGUUUUGUGGUAGUUUUCUGCGGAUUCGGUACCAUUUGGUCAUUGAUCACCUGCGCUGAUGCAUUAGAGAAUACAGCAGAAAUGUCACUACUUAAGGGAAUUGAUCUUUACUACACCUGCCCGGAGUGGAAGCUUCUAUUGGACGGACUGCAAUAUCACAAAGAGUGUUGUGGUGUACACAGCUAUAAAGACUGGAUGAAGGCCUCUUGGAUGCCAGAAGAGGCAACUCAAUGCCAGUCAGCGGGAAGCGGGGAAACCGCCUUAGCGCCAUACGCCUGCUGUAAGCACUCCUGCGCUUCUUGUUUCGAGAAUUACAUUCCACGCACCGACAACAGUCACAUUCCGUAUUUGACACUUUCGCAGAUUAAUACUGAAGGAUGUUUGCCGCUUUUCACAAACAAAAUGUGGGAGAUUCUAUAUGUAUUGGUAGCGCUUGUACUGAUCGCCUUUAAAUUGGACCUCAUCAUUUGCUGUUUGGCGAAGUAUAUAAUACGCAAGCAAGCUGAUAUUGACAGCUGGUGUUGUGAAAAUGAGGCCUGCGAUGACGAAGAGGGGAAGCCGAUGUUAGUUGUGAAAUGUCCGCCAACGCGUUGUGUCAAAUUUGAUGGCGAAGAGAACACAAAUCCUCAAAUUUUAACAAAGUUGGGGAAGCCAAGUGAAGGCUUGAACGAUCCUUGCAACUGCUGCAGCGGCGACAAUAUAUUGCGCGGCUAUACCGUUAGGCAAGAGAUAAUGCAUAUGCCUACACCGUCACCCACCGAACGCCCUGCACGUUUUUGCAAUUGCAGUGGUGGUGGCGGUGGUGGGAAUGAGUCCCGAAUCCUGCAUUAAAUAAGAUUAAGUGACAUUUGUAUUUUAUGCAUUUGAGUUUUAUUAUAUGUAUGUAUAUUUCAUAUCUUUAGCACUAUAUGUAUUUAUUAUGAAGUAGGUUUACUAUACAUCCAAUAAACGACUUGUUUUGUUCAGAGCGUGGGC